UAUCCAAUAUUAUACUUAUGUUUGAAAUUUUAACGAAAUAAUUUGAUGUUAAAAACGAAGAUAUACCCAAUAAUAUCGGCGUAUGAUAAUAUUAUCAAAGUAAGCUACAUCGGUAGUAACAACGUAAAGCUGUCAGAGUGAUUUUGGCAUUCUACUGCAUGUGGUUAUAAUAAUAAUAAUAAUAACAAUAUAGUUUGUGAUGUGCUUAUGAGAUCAGUGAAAACAAUUGUGAUUGGAAGCAGUAUUAUUACAAUAUCAAAGAAAGAAGCUUGUUUCUACUAAACAUGUCUUCCCUCCAAAAGUCGGUUUUAAAAUCAAAAUUACCACCAUCAGGUGUAAACUAUGGAGUCAGCACUAGUAGGGUUAGUAAAUCCAAAGGCUUUCAACGUAAAAGAGAUUACGAUCCAGUCCAAUGGUGUCCAUACUUUGAUGAAUCCGAAGAUGUGAAAAUAGGGAAUAAUACAUUUCAUGUUUAUACUAAGGGAACUGAAGGACCUACAUUAGUAUUACUACAUGGAGGUGGAUACAGUGCAUUAACAUGGGCAGAAUUCACUAAAUCAAUCAUGACUAUGGUAGUCUGUAAAGUUAUGGCAAUUGAUCUUAGAGGCCAUGGAGAUACAUAUACAACAAAUGAAGAAGAUCUGUCUGGAGAUACUUUAGCAGAGGAUGUUGCAGCAGUUAUACAAGCAACAUUAGAGAACACUCCUGUAAUUCUAGUGGGUCAUAGUAUGGGUGGUGCAGUAGCUGUUAGGGCUGCACCUUUAAUUACCAAUCUUUCUGGACUAGGUGUUAUCGAUGUGGUAGAAGGAACAGCAAUGGAUGCAUUAGCAUCUAUGCAAAGUUUUCUCAGAUCUCGUCCAUCCAGUUUUAGUUCUAUUUCACAGGCAAUUGAGUGGUGCGUGCGAAGUGGCCAGAUCCGCAACGUACAAUCAGCUAAGGUGUCAGUUCCUGGACAAAUCAAAAACAUCGAAACCAAUAAAUUAGCUACUCAUGACAUUGAUUCUCUGUCGCAAUCAUCGUACGAAUGUGAUUGCGAGCCUACGAUUCCGCGUGAAGAUAUUAUUCAAGAAGAAGAACCUGUUAAUAUGCCACCACCGCUUCCACCUACCACUGCUACUGCUACUAGAAAGUAUGUUUGGAGGAUAGAUCUGUCCAAAACUGAACAGUAUUGGUUUGGGUGGUUUAAGGGCUUAUCAACAGCAUUCUUGAAUGUACCAGUUCCUAAGGUACUAUUAUUAGCCGGUGUAGAUCGGUUAGAUCGAGAACUUACCGUUGGUCAGAUGCAAGGUAAGUUUCAGAUGCAAGUAUUACCAGCAUGCGGGCACGCAGUACACGAAGACGUUCCAGAUAAAGUAGCAGAGGCAAUUGCUACUUUUAUGGUUAGACAUAAAUUUGCGGAACCAGCAUCAGACUUUCCAAGAACUUUCCCUGCAUGUUAGGUUCGUAUAAAAGGAGAUGAGCAAUUUUAUUAACAAUACAAUUAUAAAAAAAUUGAUGAAUUAGAUAAAAUGAGCAUUUUAUUUAUUUAAAAAAGAUAUAUUCACAAAAUAUAUAGGGAUACAUAUGUAAAUAAAAACAUUAUUUCGACAAGAAAAAUAAACUUGUUCUUACAUACAUCAAUUUUUUUUUAUCACCUCCAUGCACACACAAUGCUAUAUCUGUGUAGUGUAUAUUUAUAAUGACAUAUUGCCAUCUGUACAAAAAUAUUAAUAAAAAGUGUAAUAAAAAAGAUUCUAUUAAAAAAUUCUUAUACUCUAUAUUCUCUCCGAAUUUAUAAUACUUCAAUAUGUUCAUACAAAAAAUGGAGAUAUAAAUAUAUACAAAUUCACGACAAUACACGAAAAUGUAUCAAUUUAUAAUACAGACAUUACUGUCUAUAUUAAAACGAGUGAAGUUGA